GGGGGUAGUUAGAUGCGUUUAAAUCUCGUAGGAGGUUUCUAGAAUGGUCUGAAAGCUUCAGAAUUUGGUCAAUAGAGUACCGGAAUUAUUCCUUAUUAGGUGCGAAAUUCCGCUCGAGACUAUCAAUUCAAAAACUGUGGAACUCUCCUUAAGACAACUAUAUCAAUGUCAAACAGGGUGAUCAACUUCUUCAAAGGGUAUGCCUCCAACUCGCUACACCCAAGAAAAGAACUCGAGGCCGCUUUCAGCAAGGUUUUGCUUGAGACGGACUUCGAUAAAUACGACACCGACCCUGAUAACCAACAUCCUUUAAACUAUGGCACUGAUCCGGGAAAUUUCGACAUUCGACAACAACUCAGUAAGUUUAUGGCAAGAAAGUUCAAUGUACCUGAAGCAGACCCCGACUGUUUCAAUCUCACCAAUGGUGCUUCUUUUGGGAUUGGUAUGGCUUUGAAGAUGGCUACCAACCUAGAAUAUACUAAGAAAGUUUUCGUUGUAUCUCCAUGUUACUUUUUAAUUAACCAUUCGUUUGUGGACGCUGGAUUUUCUGGGAGAAUUGCCUCUAUAAACGAAACCCCAGGAGCCGAGUACGAGAUCGAUAUCGAAGCCCUCGAGAUGCAGUUGCAAAAUAUAGAUAAGGAAAACGGUGAAGACAAAACGGGAGGAAUCUUUCCUGAUCCGCUUGGAAGAGAUGAUAACCGAGUUUAUAGAUCAGUGAUUUAUAUUGUACCUACGUACUCAAAUCCUGGAGGCUUGACAUACUCUUUAAAGACCAGAUUGAAGAUGAUAGAGUUGGCACGGAGGCACAAUAUGCUUAUUAUUUGUGACGAUGUGUAUGAUCUCUUGAAUUAUACAGAUGAUUCUCCAUUACCAAGAUUGGUUCACUUGGAUAGAGAAACAUGCACGGAUGGAUGGGGUCAUGUUGUCUCCAAUGCUUCAACGUCUAAAUUGAUCUCCCCUGGAUUGAGAUUUGGCUGGCAUGAAACUGCAACACCCAAACUAGCCUUUCAGUUCUCACAAGAAGGAAACACCAAGUCUGGAGGAACACCAUCACAGUUGAAUUCUUAUGUUAUCCAUGAGUUGUUGAUUACUGGGACAAUCGAUGAUAUCAUCAACAAUUUCAUCUCUCACUAUAGAGAGAGAUCCAAAGUGUUGAAGGAUUCCAUUAAGAAAUAUCUUCCACCUUCAACAAAAUUCUAUGGAGGGGAUGGGGGAUACUUCAUUUGGGUCACGCUUGACCCCAAGUAUAAUUUGGUGAAGGUAGUUAGCACUUUGGCCAAAGAACACAAUAUUAUAUUGGCUUCCGGAACCAAUUUCGAGGUGGCUGAAAACCACCGAGGAUUGGGAGACAGUGUUCGUUUGUGCUUCAGUUUCUUAACACCACCAGAAAUUGAGUAUGGUAUCAAGACUUUUGGCAGCCUUUUAAAAGAAGAUGAAACAAACUGAGUUGGGUGCAAAAACAACUUGGUUGCGAUUUGUACAAAGGGAAUUAAAUAGCAAAGUGCAAAUAGAAUAAAUGCAUAUUGAUUGGAAUGAUUCCACAUACACAGUCUACAGCUAUACCAUUUCGUCGUUAUCGUUCUAUUCCUACGUAUUUGACUGGUUAUUCUACUUGUUGAUCCUCAGCACUUCCGUCAUCUAUGGACGAUUUGCACCUCCUCGGUUUCACGAGUUUCUGUUUCAAGAUAUUACCUUGAUGAACACUUACAAAACCGAAGCAGAAAGUGCAGUUCCACUUUGGCUCUUGGUGAUCAUCGGCUUUGGUUUGCCCCUAUUACAGUUCAUUUUUUGUUCAAUUUUGGGAAGACAUACGUUCACGUUAACAAGAAGAUUAUGGGAUAUCCACAGUGGAAUGCUUGUGCUUACUGGAAGUCUUGCCUGUCAACUCAUGGUGACAUGUAUUCUUAAAAAUAUAUGUGGCUUGCCAAGACCGGAUCUAUUGUCUCGAUGUGAGCCUGCCGCAAACGCUGUUUUAGAACCCUUCACGUUGGCCAAUGUUAAUGAUUGCACAACAGAUAGUACAGAAUUAUUGUGGGAAGGUUUCAGAUCGUUUCCUAGCGGGCAUCUGUCGACAGUAUUCUGCGGUAUGGUUAUCUCGAGCCUCAAUA